CACCUGGGUUCACAGAGUUCCAUCCUUACCCUCACAUUGGGUAUUCGGUGGCUUGGGUUACACUUUGGAAUAUCCUACAACGGGUGCAGAGUUGAGUGAAGCAUACUCGAGUACCGGGAAUUGCAUUGGUAACCGCCUGCCUCUAAGUUUCCACCACACAUUAGAGAAACCAACUUCACACCGGUGGCACGCAAGUUCCAACGAAGACCACCCACUGUUUUUUUUUUCGUUUCUCUCUCUUCGCUCAAGAAGUGUACAUGACGGUAUGGGAUUUUCUUCGAACGAUGCACUCCGGUAGAUCAGCGACGACCAUGUUGACGCGAAUCCAUUAAUUCACCGCCAAUUCUGAUAUAGUUGCGGAUUUUCCCGCUUCACGUUGCCUAUCCUCUUGUCCUUUUGGCCUGCGAGUCGACCGCCGAUUAAAAAAGAAAAAAACUUAAACAGAAGUAAUGCUUGACUGUACUUGCUCUGCCGGCAUUAUCUAAUACAUCUAUUACAACAAUAUUAUACUGGAGGGAAACUCAUUAUCCUAACUUUUCAGAUUUAAAUACCAACGAACAUAGUUUUGGUGUCUUCAUCUCUAUCCGGCUGACUGAAAGGGUUGGUCGCUGUUCUGCCUUUCCAAACGUGGAAGGGGAAUAAUAAUAAUAAUAAUACGGAUACACCGCCACUGGUUCUUCCCGCGGUCUCGGUCAACCCCCCACGGGUACGCUCCUUCGGAGUGUGGUCAGUUUCUCCUGGCUCGCUAGGUUCCCGUCUGGGAUACGGUAGCUCUAAUUGCGAAUGGUACUUGAGACCUGACAGGUCUCCCACCCCGCCUAGUAAGGCAGGUUUCACUCGCUUCGUCCGAGUUAUUAAUUGAACCUGCUCCGGGUUUCCUCUCCGGAUGACUUGUUAAAUAAAUAGUUCAGCAGGUUUCGAAUCGGUCAUUCUGUUAUGUCUGCAACCAACUCCGACUCGAAGAGACCCCGUCUGGAAUCUUGGGGAUCGUCGUCCUCGCCCCUUUCUCAUGAGAUACAUCACACCCACUCACAGCAUUUCCCUUCACAAAGUUCCUCCGCGUAUUCUACGACAUCGCCAACGGCUAGUUUUGCCGACUGGCAGAUGAAAACGCCCCCGCAACCGGUUCAGCAUACGUUGUCACAUUCGAGAUCGCAUUCAAUCCCCACACUUCCCUCAGGGACAGUAGCUGGCGGAAAGAAUGGUACAUUGCAGCAGCAGCAGCAUCCUGGGCAUCCACUCGCUAAUAAAUCAGCUGUAGCAGUCUCACCGCAGACGAGUCCUCCUGUACAUAGUUCCGGCCCCUCCCCCAACCACGGGUAUAAUAACGGCUUUCAAACUCAACAUCACCGCCAACUACAAGGUCAGCAAGUUUCCAUGGACGGUCCUGCACCAACACCUCCCCCUACCGGGUCUACACUGCACCUACGAAAUGCGACCGACCAGCAACAAGUUCAGCAACUUCGUUCCUUUUCUCUCUCUGGCAAUUCUUCCUCCUCCGGGCACCCUUCUCAUUAUCAGCCAGACACAUCCGGGUAUUACGGUCAACAAAUGCAGGGCCAACGCCAGCAGGAUUUGUCCCAUCCCGGGAAUUCAAGUGGUGCCUCUGCCAACGGUGAUAAUCGGCCCCCGGCCUUAUUUGAUAGCACGUCACCGGGGAGCUCAGCAACUCUACCUCCAGGCCCUAGCCCUAUAAUGACUAGCGGCUUCUCUACAACCCCUACACAGAUGAUGUCCCAUCAACAUAUGUCUACUUCGACAUCUGGCGUUACAAGCCCCGUUGUUACAACACCAACUGUUGGUGGUAUUCCGGGAACAAUGAUGGGAAAUCCGCAAAUGAAUGUGGUGACUACCUACCCUCCGCGUCGAAAGGCAAUUAGAGCUGCACAAGCGUGUGACGCCUGUAGAGCUAGAAAGGCUAAAUGCGACGAAGGAAGGCCGAGUUGUGGCUUCUGUAAGGAGUCACAGAUUGCUUGCGUCUAUCGAGAAGUACCACCACCGAAGCAAGAUAGGACAUUACUCCAGAUUUUGGAGCGGCUAGGGAGGGUGGAAGCUCUGUUAGAUUCGAUUAAUUCCGGCAGAGAAGUAACUACAGUUGCGGUUCCUACGGGUGGUAAUAGGGUUGUUGAUGGGGCUACCGCACCAAAGGAGGCCACGGCUGUUAAUGAGACAUCUCUACAAAGUUUACAGAGCACUUCGCCUUUUCAUCCCCCAACCCCUACAACUCAGCAGGCUUAUCCUCAAUCUACAUCGGGCGGUGCCUCUGUUCAGGAUCACCCACGUCCCGGCAACCCCACUGAGGUUCCGCUUGAGGAGGAUGAACAGCUCACUAUCCCAGUGCAGCAUACUACUGCUGCACAUAAGCUCAUGUGGUGGCCAAGUAUCCGGAAGAAUAUUGACGAGGAGUUUCUAGCAAACGAGGGUUAUGUAAUGAAGAAAGAGGAGAGGAGGGGCCCCUUACGUGUGUAUGGAAGAGGAGAGGGUUUCGAUUCUCCCGGGUCGAUGUUCGAGGAUAUGGAUGACCAUGAUACGGGAUUUGUCUGGGAUAGUGGGAUUGGGGCUGAUGAGGGCGUAGAGGGAUCACGGAGGGGCAGUGAGGAUUCACCGAUGGAAGAUGUAUUACCGGAAGCCGGAGAUUAUACAAACUCCCAGAGGAAGCCAUCCGGAUAUACAGGGAGUGGAUUGACAACCGGGGGCGGACUGAAGUUGGACCGUCAGACUGUCCUUACGCUCCUGAAUAGUUAUCUGGCGAAUAUUCAUAUUUUACACCCUGUUGUGGAUAAGGCCACAAUAACUAGUAUGGUGUUUUUGUUUUCUGAGCGCGUGGCGUCUGGGGAUGGGUCUAUGCUGUCCCUAGGACUCCAUAGGAGGAACUCUUCUUCCGCGAAGAGAAAGCGGAGUAUAUCCGGAAUCGGGCCAACUCACUCGAUGCCUUCCUCCCAGGGGAUGGGACCUUCUCCACAGCGGAUCCCCAGGACCCUACACUCGGCGUUAGUACUCUUGGUAAUGGCCCUUGGAGCAAUAUGUUCACAUAAAAGACCAAUCCCGGGACCAUUAUCCACGCUGCCCAAUUCCCCAGGUUUCCGGACUACUACGCCCCCGUUUAAGACCCCCGGUUCUUCUUAUCAUAGAGCGGGUUCGCCUUUUCACUCGUAUAGCCAACAGCAGCAGCACUCUGGGAGAUUACAGGGCAGACAAGGUCGAGAACUUAAGAAUAUUGACGUAAUUCCCGGACUAGCAUAUUUCGUGAAAGCGAUAGAUAUCAUGGGGGUUCUGUCAGGAGGUAACGAGUUGGAGAAUGUCCAGAUCUGCCUUCUGGCGGGAUUGUACUGGGGACAGCUGGGGAGAGUAUUGGAUAGUUGGAAGUGGAUCAAUUAUGCAUGCAUGGGGUGCCAGAUUUUGGUUAGGAUGAGGUUGGAGGGUGAGAGCAAUGAGUUGAGGAGGGAUUUGAUUCUUCGGGCUUUCUGGAGUUGUCUUCAGCUUGAGAGUGAUGUCCUUGCUGAACUUGACCUUCCGCCGAGUGGGAUAUCGCGACUGGAGGACUCAAUGCCUCUUCCGAGCUCUGUUACGGACAACAAAGUAAAACUCGACUCUCCCCGUUCCCUUGCGAUCGCCCGAGAGCUUGACUUCCAACUGGAGCAAUGGAAGCUUCACCUCCCUGAGGCCCUUCGUUGGGAAGAGUCCGACCCACCACCCGCAGAUAUCAAUGCCGCCCGCCUGCGCGCAAAGUAUUUCGGUGCACGUUACAUCAUCCACCGCCCAUUCGUCUACCAUGCUAUCCACGGCGGAAACGGCGUGUACAAUGCCCCCAAUAGCGGAGGCGUCUUUUCCACAUCCUCGCCCGCAAGGUCUGCCAGCGAGAUGUCGCAGAGUUCACCUAGCGCCACUACACCUGGGGGAUUCAAUCCAUUGGGGAAUACAGCUGGUAGUGGCGUUAGGAGGAUUAGUAUUGCCGGGGAGAGCGAGAGGGCGGAAUUGGCGCCUGUUUCGCUGGAGGCCAGUUGUCGGAAGUGUAUCGAUUCGGCGAUUUCUAGCACUACGGCGUUUCACGCCUUCUCGCCGGAUGUGAAUAGACCUGUCAUCACGAAUGUUUUCGGGACAGCACAUGCGCAAUUCGGAAACCUCCUAGUCCUCCAAGCAGCCUACCAGUCCCCAAACCUAAAGAGCAUGAUACCACAGCCUCUUCUUGCGGAAUUGUUCCAGAAAACAAUCCAUUGGCUGCAAACCCUCUCCCCGAUUUCGUCUGCGCUCAAACAUGACGCGCAGAUACUGGAGAAUGCGGCGGCGAAGUUGGAUUUUCAGAUUUCUACUUCUAUGGGGCGGGGUUGACGCGGGUUGGUGGGCAUAGGAUAGUAUAUUAUAUUGCAAAGUUUAUUAUAUGUGGUUGAAUUGUCAAGAUGGUGAUUUUUUGUUUGCUUGUUUAUCAUACCUUUUUUUUUCGGGCGUUUUCGGUUCGCUUUUUUAUUUUUCUGUUGCUUGGUAUUGUAGUGGCGUACGGAGGAGGAUGGGGGGAGGAGGGGGAAAAUCAAUUGAUAUUCCUUGUUUCGCUUUUUAGCCCAGUUAUUUAGAUCGGAUUUCGCUAGGA